AUGCCGGGCACAGCGGAGCCUGCGGGGACGUUCGCCCGGAUGCCGCCUCGGACGGGCCCGAUCCAGACCCUUGUGUCACGUAGCGGGCGCCUGCUCCGAGCUCAAAGACGAGUGAGUCCCCGCGCCGCCCGCGCCCGUGUCCCCGGGGCUCACGCGGAGCUCACGGGGCGGCCUCCCCGCAGGCUGCUGAGCCGCGAGUCCCCGAGCGGCGCCCUCAAGGCCGUCCUGCGCAAGGCCCGGAGCAAGGAGGAUGAGAAGCAGUUUCUGGAGGUGUGGGAUCAGAACCGCAAGGUGAAGAGCAUUGACCUGACAGCUCUCGACAAGCAUGGCAGCGUCUACGACGACGAUCAGUUUGGCUGCCUGGCCUGGUCGCACUCGGAGACUCACCUGCUCUACGUGGCUGAGAAGAAGCGGCCCAAGGCCGAGUCCUUCUUCCAGAGCAAAGCGCCUGAGCUGGGCGGCUCCGCCGAAGAGGACCUGGGCUGCCCCAAGAAGCCGGAGGCACCCGUCAAGGGCGAGCAGUUCGUGUACCGCGAGGGCUGGGGCGAGACGCUGGGCAACCGCAGCGUGCCUGUGCUCUGUGUGCUCGACAUCGAGGGCAGCAGCAUCUCCGUGCUGGAGGGCAUCCCGGAGCACGUCUCCCCCGGGCAGGCCUUCUGGUCACCCGGUGACACCGGCGUGGUGUUUGCUGGGGUGGCGGGAGCAACAAGGGCCGUGGCGCCGUGUCCCACAGUGAAUUACCGCGGCUCGCUGGGCUUCGGCCAGGACAGCGUGGACUCCCUGCUGGGCAACGUGGGCACGCAGGACGUGCAGGACGUGCAGCUCUGCGUGGAGCAGGUGCUGCAGGAGGAGGCGCUCGACUCGACCCGCGUGGCGCUCAUGGGCGGCUCGCACGGUGGCUUCCUGGCCUGCCACCUCAUCGGGCAGUUCCCUGACACCUACCAGGCGUGCGUGGUCCGCAACCCUGUGGUGAACAUCGCCUCCAUGGUCACCACCACCGACAUCCCCGACUGGUGCCUGACAGAGACUGGGCUGCCCUACGCACCCAACGCGAUGCCGGCACCAGGCCAGUGGCGCCCCUUUGCUUGCCUGGCCUGGUCACAUGCGGAGACACGGCUGCUCUACGUGGCUGAGAAGAGCCAGGCCGAGCCCCGGCCCCUCUUUUCUGGGGCUGCUCCGGGAGCGGCCGGACCUGUGGUGGAGGAAGAGGAGGAGAAGUUUGUGUACCGCGAGGACUGGGGGGAGGCGCUGAGCGGCCGCAGCGUGCCCGUCCU